AUGUAUUCUCUGCCGCUCCAGCUUGCCUACGGGCUCUUCUCGUUCUUCGCACCUGCUGCUCUCGACAAUGGUCUGGUCGUCCAGACUGCACAGGGACAGGUACAGGGCACGUUGCUCGAAAAUGGAAACAGACAGUUUCUCGGUAUCCCCUUCGCAGCGGACACAUCCAAGUACCGUUUCCGGGCUCCUCAGGCACCACCCACGCACUCCCAGAUACUCGAUGCCUCGGGUUGGGGAGACUCUUGCCCGCCAGACCUGGGUCCUAGCGCCCAGGCAUUCUUGAAGAUCGCAGGACUUUUGGACCAGCAACUGAAUGUUACCAAAUCCGAGAACUGUUUGAAUCUCAAUAUAUGGGCUCCAGCAACGACUCGCCCCCAAAAUACGGCUGUGAUGAUCUGGAUAUAUGGCGGAAGUGGAAAGUUCGGCACGAGCAACACCCUUCCCUACAACGGCUCCUUCUUCGUCCGUGACUGGAACGACAUCACCAUCGUUAGCAUCAACUACCGCACCAACGUCCUCGGCUUCCCCAACGCUCCCGGCACAUGGAACGUUGGCCUGCUCGACAUUGAAUACGCCAUCCAAUGGGUGUACAAGAAUAUCGGGAACUUUGGUGGUGAUCCGAAUCGGAUUGUCUUGUUCGGGGAGAGCUUUGGUUCGUUGGCUAUAGACGCGUACACCAUCAGGAACCCCACGGAUACGAUUGUGAAAGGCGUGAUUUUGGAAUCUGGACUUAUGGCGCUGGACGAGUUCAUCGCUCCAAACAGCACCCAAUGGCCACUGUUGGCUGCCGCUGUCGGAUGUGGAAACAGCAACAAUGUCAUGCAAUGCAUGCAGGCCGUGCCGUACUCACUGCUGGAAGGCGGAAUCAUCAAGAAUAGCUUGUCCUUCACUGCGGGUAUUGACAACUAUACGAUGUUCGCGGACUGGAAGUAUUAUGUAGACCACGGGAUGUACCUCAGGGUGCCUACGCUCUUGGGCAACAACGCGAACGAGGGCGACAUGUUCGUUGCUGCGUACGAGGCUACGGGGGGAACUCUGCCUGAGCAUAUCACGUUCGACGAAGCGAGCGCCGCUUGCACUGAUGUGCUGUUCCACUGCCCGGCUUUCCAGAGUGCCAAACUCCGGGUUGAGACCGGUGCCACCACCUGGCGUUAUAUCUAUUCAGGGGUAUUUGAUAAUAUCAAUAACGGAAAUAAGACUCUCCGAGCCUUUCACACUGCGGAAAUUCCGAUGGUCUUCCAGACGUAUAACUUUUCCACCUUCACACACUUCCCAGCAACCCCUGUGGAAAUUUCUCUAUCAAAGUACAUACAAGGCGGCUGGGUCGCUUUCGCCCGUAACCCGUCCUUGGCCCUGGACAACUACAACUGGAGACGUUUUGUUGUGAACGAUAUCCUCCACCCUAGUAUCAACGUUCUCGGUGGACCCGAAAACCCUGCAAGUGUGACUUACGAGAGAACUGCGGACCAUGAUGCGGGUUGCAGCGAGUUGGAUGACCUGAUACCUAUCGUUCUGCCUAUUAUUAAGCAUCUGAACGGUCACACGUUCUGA